GACCAUGGACUCCCGUCGCCAGUCCCGCGUGGCGGCUGACGCGAUAGUGCUGACUGUGGGCCGGGGCUCCUUUGACAAGUCUCAAAACUGCUCGAGACUGAGGCUUCUUUUGACAGUCUCAGGAUUCCAUCCAGCAACAAACGAAAUUUCAUCAGGAACAGCGAAGUAGCAUUUGUGCGAGGAUCGGAACGGGAACUUUGAAUUAGUGAUCGUGCAACCAUGAGUGAAAGUGAUUUGGACCUUUCGGACGCGGAGGAGGAAACUCCUCAUGCCGAAAUGAAGAAGCUGGACAUUCAGGGGAAGGCAGCUGAGGCGUCAAGCUCGUCGAAGAAACCUAUCAUCAUCAUUGUGAUCGGCAUGGCAGGGAGCGGGAAGACCACUUUGAUGCACAGGCUUGUGGCUCACGUGCAGGAGUCCGGGAAGCGGGGGUAUGUGUUGAAUCUGGACCCUGCGGUUACGAAUUUGCCCUAUGGGGCGAAUAUCGAUAUCCGAGAUACUGUGAAGUAUAAAAAUGUGAUGAAGGAAUAUGGCCUUGGACCUAAUGGAGGCAUUCUCACUUCUUUGAAUCUGUUCGCCACCAAGUUUGAUGAGGUGGUGGGUCUCGUGGAGAAGAGAGCUCCUGAGCUAGAUUAUGUCCUUGUAGACACUCCAGGACAAAUUGAAAUAUUCACUUGGUCUGCAUCUGGUGCCAUCAUCACUGAAGCUUUCGCUUCAACCUUUCCUACCGUGGUGACAUAUGUGGUGGACACACCUCGUUCAACAAGUCCGGUCACAUUUAUGAGUAAUAUGUUGUAUGCGUGCGGAAUUUUAUACAAGACUCGCCUUCCUCUAAUGCUCGCGUUCAACAAGACGGACAUAACUCAGCACCAAUUUGCUGUGGAGUGGAUGGAAGAUUUCGAAAAGUUUCAAGAUGCGGUGGAGAGCGACAAGUCUUACAAUGCAAACUUAAGUAGAAGUCUUUGCCUUGUGCUUGAUGAGUUCUAUCAGAACUUGCACAAGGUUGGGGUGUCAGCAAUAAGUGGAGCAGGCAUGAAAGAGUUUUUCGAGACGGUUGAUGCCUGUGGGCAGGAUUACAUGCAGAACUACAGAGUAGAACUGGAGCAACGACGUAAGGAUAAGGAACAAAGAGAGGAGGAAAGAAAACGAGUCAAUCUGGAGAAGCUGGAGAGAGACAUUGCAGAGUCGAAGGGGGAACCUGUUGUUCUUGCUUCAGCUUCAAAGAAGGAUGUGCUAGGAGAAGACGCAGAUGCGGCCGACGUUGCCGAGGAGGAGGAAAUAUACGAUUCUGAUGUCAGUGGCGAAGUGGAUGAUGACGAUGAUAACGAGGACGAGAAGCAUUACAGAUAUUAGUUCAACAAAGCUUUCAAGCUAUUACGCGCUUACGCAACAACGGGAAAUUAUAUAAAAUAUUUGAGACACUUGCACAAAGUUUUCAAUAGGUAGGUAGUACAGACACAUUUCAAAAAUUAUUACAGUUAUGUUGGUAGGUCGUGUGGGACGGGUACUGUGUGAACCGCAACAAUGGUGCUGAUUGUGGUAUAGGCUGAGUAAGCAACUAUGUUCAGCUCCAACUGAGGUACCUAAACCCCAAUUAUUUUGUGGACGGGGUGCAAAAUUUUCAAUCAGCGGAGUAAAAAGUCUUAUAAGUUGCAAAAGUGGUUAUUUAGUAAUAUAGCCACCUAAACCCUAAGACUCUACACUGUCAAUUAUGCCCCAUCCACCAUGCUUCAAUGGUAAUUUACAGUUGUGUUUACUAUCUAUCUCACAAGAGAAGGUUGACCACAAGUUAUAAGAAUUUCUAGCGAAAUCAUCUAGUUGCCAAACAAUAGAAGCAGAACUGGAUAUGAACUGGUGAGAAUUGGAGAGUAUGUAGAUAAAUUGCAAAUCCCAAUGUGGUGGAUAUGUAUCAAAAGCUUCGUCGUGCCAGUGGACAUGAAAUUUCUUAACUCAAGUAA